AUGUUCAAGAGACAUUGUGUCGCAGCAGAGUACUUGCAAGACACCGACUGGAUGCUUAUAAAGGAUGCCGACAUAGGAGUAGUGAAUCCCAACCACUGCAUUGAGGAAUGGAUAGACGACCGAGUUGACGUUGUAUUUUAUGAACGCUUCUUCAAUUGGGAAAUUGCUGCCUCUAGUUUCUUGAUCCGCAAUAGUGAAUUUGGAAGAAGUUUUCUGAAGGGCUGGGCAGAUCGCGAAUUUACGCUCCACAACAAAUGGCAUGGCUCUGACAACGGAGUUCUCCAUCUCCAUGUCAUAGACACUGUGCUUCCGGAUGCAGUGCAGGAGAGGGCCAACUGUUACAAAGAAUGGCGCAGUGCAACAAGUUAUGAAACCUACAUAGCUCUCGUGUCAUGUGCAAAGCAGGUAAUUGGAGCAACAAGAUUAUGGCCAGGAAAGCUUCGAAUAUACAGAAGAGCUCAUGGAUGGGCUCGAGACUAUUUUCUAGCCGACAGCAAGUAA